AUGUUCGCCGUAGCGCUAUUCUGCAUCGCGUGCGCAGCGUACUGGGCGUGGCGACAGAAGAACAGGAAGGUUACAGAGCCGCCAUUCUUCCCCGGAGGAUGGCCCAUUGUAGGACACGCGCCUGCACUUAUCGGAGAUAGCUGCAAACUAUGGGAUGCUGUCAACGACUUGGCUAGACAGAGCUACGAUAUCGGAGGAGUUGUGUCAGCAGCCAUCGGACCUCGGACUGUUUAUAUCGUAACCGACCCAGACGACAGUUUCACAAUAGCGAACUCUUGCCUUGAAAAGGAUGGAUUUUAUGACUUCGCCAAACCGUGGCUAGGUGAAGGCUUAGUCACAGGGAAAUACUCGAUCUGGAAGAAUCAUCGCAAGCUCCUCAAUCCAGCGUUCAGUCAGAUAUUGCUGGACACCUUCAUGGGAGUCUUCAACAGCCAGUCCAGGAAGCUGGUCAAGGACAUGGAGAAGGAGAUAGGGAAAGGACUCUUCGACCACUGGACUUACACGAGACAUAAUGCUUUGGAAACUAUCUGCUUGACGGCCUUAGGAGUGGACUUCACAGACUCCAACCUUAACAGCAAGUACGUGGAAGCCGCAGAGUUAAUAUUCAACACAAUUGUGGAGCGGUUCACGAAGUUCUGGUGGCACAGCCCUUACACCUUCGCCUGGAGCAACGUCAAGAAGAAGCAGGAUGCCUGUCUUGAGAUCCUGCAUAAUAUGUCUAAUACGGUCCUCCAGAAAAGAAAAUCAGAGUUUAAUGGCAAUAUUUGUGCUGCGAGGAGUAUAAUUCCAGGAUCGAAAUUCAAGCCGUUCAUGGACCUUCUGCUAGACUUGUCAGUGGAAAAGGGAGUGUUUAACGACAGAGAGAUUAGAGAGCAUGUGGACACCAUGAUCGUUGGCGGCCAUGACACCUCAGCUAAUGUCCUCAUGUUUACAAUGAUACUGUUGGGAUCACAUCCUGAAGCGCAGGAAAAGGCGUUUGCUGAAGUUCGAGAAGUGUUAGGCGAUAGAGACAGAGACGUGGAGAAGGCUGAUCUAUCAAAGCUGGUGUACUUGGAAGCUGUUCUGAAGGAGAGCAUGAGGGUGUUCACCAUCGUGCCGGUGCUCGCCAGGAAACUCGACAAAGAUGUCAAACUUAAAAACUACACCUUGUCAGCCGGUCGCACCUGCUUCUUGUUUGUGUUUGGUCUCCACAAGCACCCGAUGUGGGGACCUGCCGUGAACGAGUUCAAACCUGAACGUUGGAUAGAGCCUGGGAAGUUGCCUGAUAACCCCAACGCUUUUGCUGCCUUCAGUGUGGGGAGACGACAAUGUAUUGGUAAAGCGUAUGCUCUGAUGUCGAUGAAGACGACCCUGGCUCACGUGGUGCGUCACUACAAGAUUAAGGCUGAUCACACCAAGGUGAGGCUGAAGCUCGACGUCAUGCUCAAACCUGACGCAGGACACUGCAUCAGCAUUGAGAGACAACUAUGGAACGGCAUAAACGACUUGGCUAAACAGAGCUACGAUAUUGGGGGAGUUGUGUCGAUAGGUAUUGGACCAAGAACGGCAUAUGUUAUAACCGACCCAGAUGACAGUUUCACAGUAGCAAAUUCUUGCUUUGAAAAGGAUGACUUUUAUGACAUCGCUAAACCUUGGCUAGGUGAAGGUUUAGUCACUGGGAAAUAUUCAAUCUGGAAGAAUCAUCGCAAGCUCCUCAAUCCAGCGUUCAGUCAGAUAUUGCUGGACACCUUCAUGGGAGUCUUCAACAGUCAGUCCAGGAAGCUCGUCAAGGACAUGGAAAAAGAGGCCGGAAAAGGACUCUUCGACCACUGGACUUAUACGAGACAUAACGCUUUGGAAACUAUCUGCUUGACAGCCCUCGGAGUAGACUUCACAAACUCGAAUUUAAACAGCGAGUAUGUAGAAGCCGCAGAGCUGAUCUUCUAUACCAUGGUGGAGCGGUUCACGAAGUUCUGGUGGCACAGUCCUUACACCUUCGCCUGGAGCAACGUCAAGAGGAAGCAGGACGCCUGUCUUAAGAUCCUGCAUAAUAUGUCUAACACAGUGAGAGAGAGGGACAGGGAGACAUAUCUUUACACCGUAGCACCAAAGUCAGCCUCGUUAGGAAAGAAAUACAAGCCUUUCUUGGAUCUUCUGUUGGAACUAUCUAUUGAGAAAGGGGUGUUAAAUGAUAGAGAAGUUAGAGAGCAUGUGGAUACUAUUAUAGUUGGGGGCCAUGACACCUCGGCCAGCGUGCUCAUGUUUACAAUGAUAUUGUUGGGAUCACAUCCUGAAGCACAGGAAAAAGCGUUUGCUGAAGUGCUAGAAGUAUUAGGCGAUGGAGACAGAGACGUGGAGAAGGCUGAUCUAUCAAAGUUGGUGUACUUGGAAGCUGUUCUGAAGGAGAGCAUGAGGGUGUUCACCAUUGUGCCGGUGCUCGCCAGGAAACUCGACAAAGAUGUCAAGCUUAAAAAUUAUACGCUAUCAGCCGGUCGCACUUGCUUCUUGUUCGUGUUUGGUCUCCACAAGCACCCGAUGUGGGGGCCCGAUGUGGAUGAGUUCAAGCCUGAGCGCUGGCUGGAACCUGGACAAUUGCCUGACAACCCUAAUGCUUUUGCUGCGUUUAGUGUUGGGAGACGACAGUGUAUUGGUAAGACGUAUGCUCUAAUGUCGAUGAAGACGACCCUGGCUCACGUGGUGCGUCACUACAAGAUUAAGGCGGAUCACACCAAGGUGAGGCUGAAGCUCGACGUCAUGCUCAAACCUGAUGCAGGACACUGCAUCAGCAUUGAGAGACGAUAG